GGCUGCAGCAGAGGGGAGAGCUCUCACACAGAAUUUUGGGAAUCACUGCACACGCAGAGGCUGACCGAGGUAGCUGCUUCUGAUCGCAAGCCGAUUGUGCGCAUUGCCUGGUGGGAGCCAACCUGUCUCUGAACAGAAAUCCCUCUCGGACAGAUCACUAAGUGCAGACUCACUGCUAACAAUCCUGCUCUUUCACUCUGUGACCAGUUGCAAACUAUUGCAUAAGUGGUGGGCAGCGAUCAUGAAAGCACCUCUGAAGAGACAAAAAGCAGAUCAUGGCGGAGUCCAGCCCUCUGACCACUCACGUGCUGAACGCUACCGACGGCGUCCCGGCAGCCAGGAUGGCCCUCAGCCUGCACCGACUGGACUCCAAGCUGAUGAUCUGGGCCAUGCUGAGUGUCGGGACAACAAACCAAGAUGGCCGCUGCCCAGGACUCAUCAACCAAGAAACGUUCACUCCUGGCAUGUACAAGCUCCGCUUUGAGACGGGUUCAUACUGGGAGGGCCUUGGUCAGCCCUCUUUCUACCCCUAUGUGGAGGUUGUGUUCACCAUCAGUGAGCCAGAGCAGAGGUUUCACAUCCCUCUACUGAUGAGUCGCUUCUCCUACAGCACUUACAGAGGAAGCUGAAAGCUGCAGAGAGAUGCUGUUUUAUAGAUUCAUGACUUAGGUUUAGGUAUAUUUUACUCAGGUGUUAUUGUGUGCUACAUUUGUUAUUUGUUGAGUUUCACCUCAUGAGUGUAUUUACACCAAUCAAAAACAACAUUAAAACCUCCAUUACAGUCUGCAUUAUAGGUCCCUUGCCACUCUGUACAAAUACCUGAUGAUUCUCUGCGGGUGUCCCGCUUCUUCUUAUUG